GCACACAGUUGAUAAGACAGAGAACAGAGCAGGUUUUACAGACCCUGCUCUUUCUGAGGGAUCCUGGGCAUUGCAGAGAUGGCCACAGGACUCCAACCUUGGCCCUGGGCUCUUCUCGGGCUGGCUCUCUGUGCUGCCUGCCUGGGCUUUGUCGAAGGGGGGAAGCUGCUGGUGAUUCCCAUGGAUGGCAGCCAUUGGCUCAGCAUGCGUGAAGUGGUCCAGGAGCUCAGUCUGAGAGGCCAUCAAAGUGAUGUCCUGGCCCCGGAAUUGUCCCAGCACAUCAGGGAAGGACAGUACUACUCUUUGAGGACCUUUCCAGUCACUUUCAGUAAGGACCUUUUUAAUGAGUUAACCGGAUCUCAUUUCCAAUGGUCAUUUGAUCCAAAACCAUUUCUGAAGAGAUUUUUUGACAUUGUUAUACUCUUUAAGAUGAUAACUGACAUGUAUUUUAGCUUUUGUAAGGACUUGAUGUAUAACAAGGAACUGAUGAAUUCCCUGGAAGAGGCCCACUACGAUGCCAUUUUAACUGAUCCUGUUUCUCCCUGUGGAGCCCUGGUGGCACAGUAUCUGUCCGUUCCAGCCGUUUAUUUCUUACGAGGACUCCCCUGUGGUGUAGAAGCUGAAAGCACUCGGUGCCCAGACCCAUCUUCCUAUGUCCCCAGACUGGCCACAGAAAACACAGACCAGAUGACAUUCCUACAGCGGGUAAAGAACAUUCUAUAUCCUUUGCCCCAGAGCAUGGUGUGCCAUGCAUAUGUGAAACCCUAUGAAAUCCUGGCUUCUGAACUCCUUCAAAGAGAUAUGAGUAUAGUGGAUGUUCUGAGCUAUGGAUCUGUGUGGCUUCUGAGGUCAGACUUUGUGAUGGAUUACCCUAAACCCAUCAUGCCAAACAUGGUCUUCAUUGGGGGCAUCAACUGUGCCAGUGCCAAGCAACUUAAUCAGGAAUUCGAAGCCUAUGUGAAUGCUUCUGGGGAGCAUGGAGUUGUGAUCUUCUCCCUGGGCUCUAUGGUCUCAGAAAUCCCAAUGACCAAAGCCAUGGAAAUCGCUGAAGCUUUGGGCACAAUACCUCAGAUGGUAUUGUGGCGAUACACUGGAACACCACCAUCUAAUCUAGCCAAGAAUACCAAACUUGUGAAAUGGCUCCCACAGAAUGAUCUGCUUGCUCAUCCAAAGACCCGGGCAUUCAUCACUCAUGCUGGAUCUCAUGGGAUCUAUGAAGGGCUGUGUAAUGGAGUGCCAAUGGUGUUGAUGCCUUUGUUUGGAGAUCAGAUGGACAAUGCUAAACGCAUGGAGUCAAGAGGGGCAGGAGUAACCCUGAACGUCCUUGAAAUGACAUCUGAUGAUCUCAGCAAGGCACUGAAGAAGGUUAUCAAUGAUAAAAGCUACAAGGAAAACAUCAUGCGCAUGUCAGCUCUUCAUAAAGAUCGGCCUAUCAGCCCCCUUGACCUUGCUGUGUUUUGGGUGGAAUUCGUGAUGAGAAACAAAGGGGCCCCACAUUUACGCGCUGCUGCCCAUGACCUCAACUGGAUCCAGUACCAUUCCUUGGAUGUCAUGGCUUUCCUCCUGGCUAUUGUAUUGACUGUUGUACUAAUUGCUAUAAAAUGCCUCAAGUUUUGUUUCCAGAAAUGCUUUGGCAAAAAAGGAAGACCUAACAAAGCCACCAAACCUAAGUCUCAUUGAGCCACACUUUGAAAACUAGAUGAAAUUUUAGUUUGUUCUCUCUAUGGUUUCAGAAAAUGUACCCAUAAGAAUUACAUGCACACCCAAGCACACAAAUACACAUAUGUACCCUCAUGCAAACAGCUCAUUUUCCAAUCAAUUUUUGAUAAAGAAAAUCUUAAUCUUAUUUUGUUGUUUAUUGAAGUAGGAACAUAGAGCCCGAGAGCUAGAAGAUGACCAUUUAGUUCAACCACCUCAUAUCAUAGCUGAGGAAAUGGAAGUGCAAUGAGGGCAAACUUUUGGACUGAAGAUGAGUCUUAGAGGAGGGACCUGAUAUCUGAUUUCCCAUUUCACAUGGAGUAGAGAUCAGCUGCCCUCAGUUUGGCCUAAGAGGAUAGAAUUAAGAACAAUGAGGACUAAGGGAAUUAGAUCAUUUAUGUCAGGGUCAGUGAAGACCUCAUAACAAUUGGAACUAUCCAGCAGUCAUGGCCUGCCUCAGGUAGAAGUGAGUUACCAUUCACUGGAGCUUUCCAAGUCAGCCCUGGAUGACCAGUGCCUGGGAGGUUGUGUAAAUACAACCUGGGAGAUUGAUCCAGGCACAAGUUUGAGUCGAUGACCACUGAAGUCUUUUCCAACUCUCAAAUACUGUGAUUCUAAGACCUUCUCUGGGGUUACACGGCUACUUUGCAGCUGAGCUAUGGCAGAAGCCAGGUCUUCUGACUGUUAGCCCUCCUUUCUCCCUUUCAAGACACUAUGCUGUCAAGACUCAAAACGCUAGAACAUGACUGCAGAAUCGAUUCUUCUUCCCCAUUCUUCAAGAUUCUAGCUUCAAAUCCUUUGCUUAGAACAACUGCAUGAGUCAAUUAUCCAUUUGGAAUCAUUUUUUUUUAAACUGGAAACACAUACAGCACCCCUUUUAUGUGGCUUCUUAAUGAGUUGUGAUUGUAAAUCAUUUAUUAUCAAUGUUAAUGCAUCACCCCACCACCUUCUCUCUAGUUCCAGCCUCUAUUUCUUUUCAAAACGCUGCUGGCUGAUUCCUUCCAUUAGGGCUCAAGAUUCAUGCAAUCCCUUUGGACACAGGAAGAUGGGCACAUCUGCUAAGUUGGACUGCUGCUUAUCUUCAUAAUGUUUGGAAUUAGACUGUGUCCCUCAAAUGAAAUGGAUUGUUUCGGCAUUUCAAGACCAAUAUAGAUCAGGCCAAACAAAGAAAAAUGUCACGUGGUGCUCUGCUAGUACAAAUGGAUCGAAAUGUUAUCAGUCAUCCAGAAACAGUGUUUGUAGCAAAGUCACAAGUAAUCAUAUUGCUCAAAACACAUCAAAAUAUAUGAAUAAAUCCCUAACUGUUUUUCCUGGA